UCGAGUCUGCCAUGUUUUGUCCUACUUGUCGCGCUUGAUCAACGCGUUCGCGAUUUCAGUUAAAAACUAUUAUUUUACUGAAUGUAUCACGGGCUGUGUUUUGUUUACAAAUAGUGUAGUUAAAGACUUUAUAAUUACGCUGAUGUAACGUGAAGUUAAUUAAUUACUUUUGAUACUUAUGUGUAUUAUGGUGUAGUUCGCAUUUCAUCAAAAUUGAAAUCGUUCACGAGCUUGCUAUUGCACCGUCGUGAAUAGGGAUUCCGCAACGAUUUUAAACUCAUAAAAUUUUAGCUACUUUAAUAAUAAUAAGUAAGUUAAAUCCUGUGACGCAACCCACGUGCACAUAAUUUAACAAGCAUCUCAUGCACAUUUGUUAUUAUUUUGUUCGCGGCCCGCGAGUUCGAUUCGAGCCUGUAAGGAUCGGAUCGAAGAAGGGAAAUCGUGUCGUCCGUCUUGCUCCCUCCCGUCGCCUUUCGUUCCGUUGCAUUCAUUCAUUUUCAUAAACCGAAAUAGAUUUUUUUCUUAAGUGUAAUUGUUUUGGUGUGCGAAGAGCAGAGGAUAGUGUUGGUGGUAUCGGUGUGGUCUGGGCGCAUUGAGCGCACACGUGACGACGGACGAGUGUUUGGGUGUCAGUCUGGUUACUGGUAGGGUUCGCGGGCGCCGGGCGCACGCUACAGUCCGCCUGCAGUGCGGAGCGCGGCGGGCAGCGAAGGUGAAUCACCGCGCGGUGCCGUGUUGAUCGUGCUUAUUUACCCGCGAGUGCAUCGUUAAGUGCGUGGAGCGGAAGUGCAAAGGCAUGUGCGGCGCGGGCUGGCGCCGAUGACAUCGCCGUCCGAGGCGACGGCGUUUUGAGCCAGUGAGCGUGUGUUAGUUAUGCCUCUUGGGUUAUGAGUGUGUGACAAAGUUGUAGUGUAUUGAGGACACUGGAGCCCCUAGACGGAGUUGGGCCCGCUGGGGCGGCCCUGGUGCUUCUCGGGGCUCCGCACGAAGGCAAAAUGGCAGCGUGGAACCGCCACCACCAUUUCAACAUGCUCAUGGAUGAGAAUGCCAAAAACAAAUUGGGCGUGGUCGGCGGCGGCAUGCCGGAGGCCGCCGGCGGCGAGAGGCGACACGUUCCUCUAUACGGUCGGCUGGUUGCCGAGGAGCAACUCGCCUCCAUGAGCGCGCCUUCGGACAUUCAGGUGAGCGCCCCAGUGCGCAACCCAAGAGCUUUCAGGCGCUACCGUACCCCCGCCCAGGCUAUGCAAGCUCGAAUACCGCACCAUUUUCGGGACCCUUCAACAGCGCCGUUAAGGAAACUUAGCGUCGAUCUCAUCAAAACAUAUAAACACAUAAACGAGGUAUAUUACGCGAAGAAGAAACGGAGAGCGCAACAGUACCUCGGCGACGACGGUUCAAACAAAAAGGAGAGGAAACUAUAUAACGACGGUUACGAUGAUGAUAACCACGAUUACAUCAUCAAACAGGGCGAGAAGUUCCUCGACCGAUACGAGAUCUCAUCGCCGAUCGGCAAGGGCUCGUUUGGACAGGUUGUGAAAGCAUACGACCACGAGGAGCAGUGUCAAGUAGCGAUAAAAAUAAUUAAAAAUAAGAAACCUUUCCUAAACCAGGCACAAAUAGAAGUCAAGUUACUAGAAAUGAUGAACAGGGCGGAUGCCGAAAAUAAGUAUUAUAUAGUAAAACUGAAGCGUCACUUCAUGUGGCGGAACCACCUGUGCCUAGUGUUCGAGCUGCUCUCGUACAACCUGUACGACUUGCUGCGGAACACCAACUUCCGAGGUGUCUCGCUGAACUUGACGCGUAAAUUCGCGCAACAGCUCUGCACCGCGUUACUGUUCCUUAGUCAACCUGAACUAAAUAUAAUUCACUGUGAUCUUAAGCCUGAGAAUAUUCUACUAUGCAACCCCAAGAGGUCAGCCAUAAAGAUUGUGGACUUUGGUAGUUCAUGUCAACUAGGUCAAAGGAUAUACCAAUACAUCCAGUCAAGGUUCUACAGAUCGCCGGAGGUCCUGCUAGGCAUUCCAUACGACCUUGCGAUCGACAUGUGGUCGCUCGGUUGCAUACUAGUCGAGAUGCACACCGGCGAGCCGUUGUUCAGCGGAGCCAACGAGCUCGACCAAAUGAACAAGAUUGUUGAAGUACUGGGCAUGCCCCCAGAUCACCUGUUGGAUCAGGCACACAAAACAAGAAAGUUCUUUGACAAAUUACCGGCGUCCGAAGGCGGCGGUUACGUCCUAAAGAAGGUAGCGGGCAAAGAUGGCGGUUACAGGAAGUACCGCGCGGCGGGCACGCGGCGCCUGCACGACAUCCUCGGCGUGGAGGGCGGCGGGCCGGCGGCGCGGCGGCGCGGGGAGCCCGGACACUCCGUCUCCGACUACCUCAAGUUCAAGGACCUAAUCCUGCGCAUGCUGGAGUACGACCCGAAACAGCGCGUGACGCCGUACUACGCGCUGCAGCACAACUUCUUCAAGCGCACCGCCGACGAGUCCACCAACACGCAGCAAGCGCAGUCGCAUCACCAGCAUGUGGGCGGCGCGCGGCUGUGGGGCGGCGCCGAGCGCAUGGACGUGGAGGGCGUGCGGGACGUGCGGGACGUGCGCGACGUGCGCGACGUGCGCGACGUGCGCGACGUGCGGCGCGACGACGACCUGCUGCAGCCCGUGUGCCUGCAGCACAGCCCCGUGGCCAUCCACUAGCCGCGGCGCCGCGCGGCGCGAGACUGCAGUGCGCGAGUGUGGCGCCGCCCCGUGGCGCGCGCGGUGCGAGUGCGGUACGCGGCGACGCUCUCGGACUGAAUCCAUAUUUAUAAUUCUAUAUUUUUAUUUAAUGCGAUAAGUCUGACUGUAAAGAGACGUUGUGGUGACGAUUUGUUACGUUGUAACGUGUAUUGUAUUAUUUGUUCGUAAACGCUUCACUCGACCGUACUUAGAGGGUUCCGCGGGGCCGCGGAGGCCCCCCACAUCCGGACGCAUCAAGGGCAUGAAAGCUAGGUUUUUUUAUUGUUACGCAAUGCAUAUCAAAGACGCAAUAUGGUAGAAAAUAAAUAUUGUACAUAAAUUUAGGAGACCGACUAAUAAUGGAUACAGACUGCGACUUAAACCGGUUGAUAUAGUUUAGAUACGUCUAUGCUAGUUAAGCUUUCGUUCAGUUAAUUAUCGCAAGCUUUAUAUUUUUAAAGUGUCGGCAACUGAUGACUGAAAAUCAAAGGGCCAAACAGAAUUUCAUUUUAUCGAUACAACCAAAUAAAAAAAUAGAUUAAAAUAAUAAUAAAAAAAGUAUUUUUUGACUGCACAAAUUGAUUCGAUUCGAUACUCCUGACGUUGAAAUCAUUUGAAACUUUGCCCUCGCAUUUCAGAGUUGUUGUAUAUUGUAAAUGUUUUAACUCCAAUCUCGAAUGCAUGAGAUUUGAGACUCUGUACAUCAAUACACGUGUACUGUGUUAAUACAUAUAGGUUAUUUUUGACCCAUUGGAAUAUUCAGACGAUAUGUAAAACAAAGAAUAGUGUAUAGGUAAUUCUAUAAAAACACAAAAUGUACUUGUAGGUUACGGGAAUGUUGAUCAUAUAUAAAAUUUUUUGGGUAUUUCAAAUAGGAGUUAAUAAAUUAAACUGACUUGUUCAACCUUUUUGGAUUUGAAUCUACAAUAGAUUAACCUCAUUGCAACAGACUGGUCGUAACUUUGUAACGGAGAUAUUUUGUAUAGCAUACACUGAAUCACUGCCUUAUUGUGCCGGAACUUUUAUGGAUAAGGCCCGCUACUCACUUGCUUUUUUUGCGUCCAAGAUUGUGUGUCGUGAAACGUGACUUAUGUAAGUUGUACCUUGUAGUACAAAUGUAUUGCACAUAUUAUUUGUAUAAUAUUGUAUACUGUAAUGUUAUAAGAGAAUACUGGGACUCUUUGGUACAAAGUGGAGUUGGAUAUUCUAUAGUGUCUAUAUUGUAUGUAAUAAAGAGGCAAAGAGGUUGUAUAUUAGAUUUUGCUUGUAUAGCAAUAAAAUAUCGACUUUGCAUAAUUUUGACGGGAUCCUGUGGAUAGUCGAUUAGGGUCUAACGAGUAGCUUUUUUAUACUCUGUUAUAGACACAGAAAUACCAUAGAGAAUAAUUUAAUACGAAUAUAUUAACGGUCACAGCUGUCCUGGGUUGCGGGUACAAGCGUCGGUUAAAAAGUUGCGUCAGUAGCGGGCCUUAGAAUUAGCUACUUUACCCUGAACAGAUGUGAUUUAGCAAAUUAUAUUUUUUUCAAUUGUGUAUAAUAGUUCGUGAACCGACUGAUGUUAGACGUUCAGGGUGAAGCGGCUAACGAUGACAUUGCAACUGAUAGCAGAUUUUUUUGUGCUGCAGAAUGUUGCCGUGAUUUUUUAUAUAAAAAACAACUCCCCACCCCCCAAAAAUUAUUUUAAAAUAACAAUGUUUGUAUGGUACAAUUAUUUUCGUACAUGAAGCAUGAAAGUAUUUUCUUAUCUGAUUUCUAGCUCUGUAAGCGCUGCGACUGUUUUCCAACUGUUAUUUUUAUUUAAUUGUAGAUUUGAAUCUAUUUCUAAUCUCUCUGGUCUGAAAUAUAAAUUUUUCGAAUAUCUGUAUAAUAUUUACUGUAUUAAUACUUUUUUGCUUCAUGAGGUUAUAGGAUUGUUAGGAAUAAGAAAUAGGUAUGGGAAAACAGUUUUGUUUGAUUAUAGGAAAGUAACAAAUUAUUAUGCUGACGGGUCUCCGAGAUUACUCAAGUGUUCUUAAGUUCUUUGUAAUAUAAACGAUAAUGUUAAAUGUUCUUCAUAAUUCAAAUGUAACGAUAUUAUGAGAAUAUUUUUUUUAUUAUAUUAAUUGUAAAUCGAUUGUACACAUAUUUUGUGAUAUUGCUCUAUGUCGUUCAGACUGACUCAUUAUAGCCCGACGAGUAUCGUGUUUCGAAGCGAAUAGAUUUAAACAAUUGCUAAAAAAAAAUGAGUCAGUCUGAACAGCUAUCGUACCAAUGCCUUAAAGGGGACCCGUCGUACCAAUAUUAUUUUACAUAACGGAGCCUGAUAAAGUGAUAAAUUGAUACAAAAAAAUAACACCAACCUAUUCGUAAAGUUCAAACUGAACCAUUACUCAAGGACGGCCCUAGGUCUAGGUGUUUGCUUGAGUAUGUUAUAUACUGUACUAUUUAUUUGUAUUGACAUGUUGGAUGAGUGACAGCUGCGCGAGGAGCUAAAUGUUUAUUUCCUAUCGAAUUGUCAGUUCGCAGGCACUGUAACAAUAAAAGGAUAGAGCUUUAUGUCACUAAGUUUUGUAUUUUAAAUCAAUAAACGAUAGCAAUGAU